GCCAUACGCUUCUCUGGCUCUCUCUCGCUCUCUCUCUUGUCGGUGUUGAGAUCUUGCAGCUUCUGCACUCUAAGCCAUACACUACAGCUUCCUUGAAGGUUAAAAAUAAUAUAAAAGAAAAAGAGAUAUGACAACUCUGGUCUAGGGUUUCUUAAUUUAUUUGGAUCUGUACGCUAAGGCAGGCCGAAAGGUCGAGGAAAUGCUAGAGUUAUUGUUCUUGUUACUGGAUUCUCGAGAGGCGCUCGCUGAUUUAUGCUAACUUUUGUGGCGGGAUUGUGGAACAAGGCGGAGGAGGUGGAGGUGCGUAUGAGGGAAUUGGUUGUGGUGUGGAUUUUUUGUGCGGUGGUGAAGGAUUCGUGCAAGAGAAUAGGGUUGAAUUAUGGGCUGUUCAUAAGGAGCAGGGGUAGGUGGGGCAAAUGUGGUUGAUUCUUUUUUCUUAUUGUUGAGGUUUAUUUUUCUUUCUUGUUUUGUUUUUAUCUCAACUGGCCGGAAUAGAUUGUCGAUUGGACAAACGGUUUUAAGUUUGGCGAUUUUGAAAGGGAGAAAGAAAACAAAAUGCAGCAAGAUCAUUGGAAGAAGAAUUCUGUUGAGAUGGACUUCUUCUCUGAAUAUGGUGAUGCCAAUAGGUAUAAAAUUCAGGAAGUUAUUGGCAAAGGCAGUUAUGGCGUCGUUUGCUCAGCAAUUGACACUUACACUGGUGAAAAAGUGGCGAUAAAAAAAAUACAUGAUAUCUUUGAACACAUUUCAGAUGCGGCUCGCAUCCUUCGUGAAAUAAAGCUGCUUAGACUCCUAAGACACCCUGAUAUUGUUGAAAUUAAACACAUUAUGCUUCCGCCUUCAAGAAGGGAUUUUAAAGAUAUUUAUGUUGUUUUUGAACUAAUGGAGUCAGAUCUACAUCAAGUCAUUAAAGCCAAUGAUGACUUGACGCGAGAGCACUAUCAGUUUUUUCUUUACCAGCUCCUUCGUGCAUUAAAGUAUAUCCACACAGCAAAUGUCUAUCAUCGAGAUCUAAAACCAAAGAAUAUAUUAGCAAAUGCAAACUGUAAACUUAAAAUUUGUGACUUUGGGCUAGCACGAGUUGCUUUCAGUGAUACCCCUACAACAGUAUUUUGGACGGAUUAUGUUGCAACACGAUGGUAUAGAGCUCCUGAACUCUGUGGCUCAUUUUUUUCCAAGUACACACCUGCAAUUGAUAUAUGGAGUAUAGGUUGCAUCUUUGCUGAAGUACUAACUGGGAAACCACUCUUUCCUGGCAAAAAUGUUGUUCAUCAACUGGAUUUGAUGACAGAUCUGCUUGGUACCCCAUCAUUAGAUACAAUAUCACGGGUUCGAAAUGACAAAGCAAGGAAAUAUUUAACUACCAUGAGGAAAAAGCAGCUUGUGCCAUUUGCUCAGAAAUUUCCAAAUGGUGAUCCAUUGGCGCUGCGUCUGUUGGAAAGGCUACUUGCUUUUGAUCCAAAAGACAGGCCAACUGCUAAAGAGGCAUUAGCAGAUCCUUACUUCAAGGGACUGGCAAAAGUUGAGAGGGAGCCAUCCUGUCAACCAAUAACAAAGAUGGAGUUUGAGUUUGAGAGGCGAAGAGUUACAAAGGAGGACUUAAGAGAGCUAAUUUUUCGAGAGAUACUGGAAUACCAUCCUCAAUUGCUCAAGGACUACAUAAAUGGAACUGAGAGGACUAACUUUCUUUAUCCAAGUGCCGUUGAUCAAUUUAGAAGACAGUUUGCACAUCUUGAAGAAAAUGGUGGUAGUGGGCCAGUAAUUCCGCUUGAAAGAAAGCAUGCAUCUCUUCCUAGGUCCACAGUUAUACAUGCGAACACGAUUCCUCCCAGAGAGCAGAAUAUCCCUUCAUCCAGGGACCGACAGACGACGGAGGAAACAUACAGCAAAAAUUACCGAGAUUCGGAGGGAACUCGUAUAAAUAUAUCAACCCUGCAGGCUCCGCAAAGGAUUCCUCUGGCCAAACCAGGAAGAGUCGUGGGGCCAGUUGUUCCAUACGACAAUGGAAGUAUGAUGAAAGAUCCCUAUGACCCAAGAACGUUUGUGAGAGGUUCGUUCCUUCCUUCUCAGGCGAUUCCAGGUGCAUAUGGCUACUGCAAAUCUAGCACAGGGAAGCAAGAUAGGUCUGCCUCAGAAACCCAGAGGGAAUUGUGUUCACAAAAGCAAGUCCAGCAAUGCGGCAUAGCUACUAAAUAUGCACCAGAUAUAGCUAUCAACAUCGACUCCAACCCAUUUUUUCUGACCCGGGCUGGAAUAAAUAAGGUGGAACAAGUUGAUGACCGAAUUUCAAUCAAUACAAAUUUGCUGCACGUCAAGGCUCAGGCUCACGCUCAGCACGCUGGGAUCAGCACUCCUGCGACUGUCGCAGCUUCUCACAGAAAAGUUGGUACGGUUCAAUACGGUAUGACAAAAAUGUACUAAAGCAGUGGAAGGAUCAUUGCAGGGCUGGUGCUAAAACGGAGAGAAUUCCAUGUACAGGAAAAUUGAAAACUAGUUUUUGUCAUGAGAAACUGUAUACCGAAGGUAAUAAAGGUGCAUAUGUAUUCUACACAAGAACUCCCAUUUUUAUAACUUUCUUUUUUUUUUAAAAAAAGGAAAAAAAGAAAAAGAAAACCAUGUAAAGCAAGCCUUAAUUUGUCUUCCCCUGUAUUUUACACUAGAGGUAAAGUAAGAGGUUUCUGAAA